GCCACGCACGCAGCUCCAUCGCCAUCCCCAGCCGGGUCAAGCGCGCAGGCGGGAGAGUGGAUCACGGCAGCCAGAGAGCGCUGACACCAUGUGGGUCCAGGUGCGCACCAUGGACGGGAAGGAGACCCACACUGUGAACUCACUGUCCAGGCUGACCAAGGUGGAGGAGCUGAGGCGGAAGAUUCAAGAGGUGUUUCACGUGGAGCCAGGCCUGCAGAGGCUGUUUUAUAGGGGCAAGCAGAUGGAGGACGGCCACACGCUCUUCGACUACGACGUGCGCUUGAACGACACCAUCCAGCUGCUGGUCCGCCAGAGCCUUGCGUCGCCGCCCGGCCUCAGGGAGAAGGACGCGGAGCUCUCGGACACCGACUCCGGCUGCGGCCUGGGCCAGAGCGAGUCGGACAAGUCCUCCACUCAUGGGGAGGCGGCCGCCGAGGCGGAAGGCAAGGCCGAGCAGCAGGAGGAGAGCACGUGGGAGGAGACGGAGCUGGGGCUGUACAAGGUCAACGACUACGUGGACGCCCGCGACACCGGCAUGGGCGCGUGGUUCGAGGCUCAGGUGGUCAGGGUGUUGAAGAGACCGCCAUCUGGGGACGAGCCCAGCAGCUCCACCGCCGGCUCGAGUCCCGAAGAGGACAUCGUUUACCGUGUGAAGUACGACGAGAUGUCAGGCUUGCGCUCUUCUCGCAGCUACCCCGAGAACGGCGUGGUCUCCAUGAGGCCCAGGGACGUCCGCGCGCGCGCCCGCACCAUCCUCAAGUGGCAGGAGCUGGAGGUGGGCCAGGUGGUCAUGCUCAACUACAACCCCGACUACCCCAAGGAGCGCGGCUUCUGGUACGACGCCGAGAUCACCAGGAAGCGGGAGACGCGCACCGCGCGGGAGCUGUACGCCAACGUCAAGAUCGGAGGUGACGCUCUCAACAACUGUCGGAUCGCCUUUGUGGACGAAGUCUUCAAGAUCGAGUGCCCUGGCCGAGGGAGCCCUGUGGCUGACAACCUCAUGAGACGCAAGAACGGCCCCUCCUGCAAGCACUGCAAGGACGAUCCCAAUAAGCUGUGCCGCAUCUGCGCCUGCCAUAGUUGCGGGAGGCGCGAGGACCCCGACAAGCAGCUGAUAUGUGACGAGUGUGACAUGGCCUUCCACCUGGACUGCCUCGACCCGCCCCUCAGCAGCGUGCCCAUCGAACCCGAGUGGUACUGCCCCGACUGUCGGAAUGACGCCAGCGAGGUGGUGCUGGCCGGCGAGAAGCUGAAGGAGAGCAAGAAGAAGGCCAAGAUGGCCUCGGCCACGUCGUCCUCGCAGCGGGAUUGGGGCAAGGGCAUGGCGUGUGUGGGACGCACAAAGGAGUGCACCAUCGUCCCCUCCAACCACUAUGGACCCAUCCCUGGCAUCCCUGUGGGCACCAUGUGGCGGUUCCGAGUCCAGGUCAGCGAGUCGGGGGUCCAUAGGCCUCAUGUGGCGGGCAUCCACGGCCGGAGCAAUGACGGGGCCUACUCGCUGGUGCUGGCCGGGGGGUACGAGGACGACGUGGACCAUGGGAAUUUUUUCACGUACACAGGUAGCGGCGGCCGCGACCUCUCUGGCAAUAAGCGGACUGCAGAGCAGUCCUGUGACCAGAAGCUCACCAACACCAACAGGGCGCUGGCUCUCAACUGCAGUGCCCCCAUCAACGACCGAGUAGGGGCCGAGGCCAAGGACUGGCGGUCGGGGAAGCCGGUCAGAGUGGUGCGGAACAUGAAGGGCGGCAAGCACAGCAAGUACGCGCCCGCCGAGGGCAACCGCUACGACGGCAUCUAUAAGGUCGUGAAGUACUGGCCUGAGAAGGGCAAGUCGGGCUUCCUGGUGUGGCGCUACCUUCUGCGGAGGGACGAUGACGAGCCUGGGCCCUGGACCAAGGAGGGGAAGGACCGCAUCAAGAGACUGGGGCUCACCAUGCAGUACCCCGAGGGCUACCUGCAAGCCCUGGCCAACAGGGAGAGGGAGAAGGAGAACCGCAAGAGGGCAGCCGCGGGCUGCGCGUCCCCCCCGCAGGGCAAGGGCAAGUGGAAGCGGAAGUCCACAGGCCAGGGGGGUCCCACGACCCGCGCCGCCAAGAAGACGAGGCUGGAGCCCUACAGCCUGACGGCCCAGCAGCGCAGCCUCAUCGGCGAGGACAAGGCCAACGCCAAGCUGUGGGGUGAGGUCCUCCGCUCCCUCAAGGACGGCCCGGUGUUCCUGAGCAAGGUGGAGGAGACCUUCCAGUGCAUCUGCUGCCAGGAGCUGGUGUUCCGGCCCGUCACCACCGUGUGCCAGCACAACGUGUGCAAGGACUGCCUGGACAGGUCCUUCCGCGCCCAGGUGUUCAGCUGCCCGGCCUGCCGCUACGACCUGGGCCGGGGCUAUGCCAUGCAGGUGAACCAGCCGCUGCAGACCGUCCUGCACCAGCUCUUCCCCGGCUACGGCAACGGCCGGUGAUGCCCAGCACUUCCUGGCGGCCCCUCCCUGUGGGGCUCCCCCCCGUUCUGUUUUAGUGGCUUAACUUAACGUGUAGUCUCCCUAAAAAGGCUUGUCUUCCUUUUUUUUUUUUUUCUUUAAACCAUGCAUUUUCAGGAAUUUCAUGUUCUGGCUGGAAGUUGGAUUUCUCAGUGUUGUGUUCAGCUUUUUAUAUAUAAAGCCUGCGAUGUAUCUGCAAAACGGGAAAAAAACAACCCCAAUGUUUGAGGAUGGACUUGGCAACCACGUGGCCUGGGAACUGCGUCGGUUACUGCUGUGAAGUCCUCAGAGGUUCCCGCCACCGACCCGCAAGGUCCCAGCUGCCUAGAACAAUCUCUGCAAGGUUCGUGGCUCUGGCCCCCAGUCAAAGCCGGCGCCUCUUCCUGCGGCCAGCAAGGUGGUUUCAACGGUGGUGGCUCUGGCCCUGGGCUCGGUGGCCCAGCUGACCACCAAGAAGUCCUAAAAGAGGACGGCCUCCGGGCUGCGGGCACACCCUCAGCGUUCCCCUGGUGCCUGCGACCCGCCUUUCGAGCCCCUGUCCCGGGAGCUACCUCAGCUGGACUCGCUCCCCGAGCUGGGGAGGCCGCCCCCAGCCGCGUCCAAGUGCCUUGGCUCCCGCUUUCCAGAGACGGGGCUCUUUGCUUUCAGCACUGAACUGUUGGAAAGUGAACCAGGUUCUGCACACUGUGGCCGUCCAGUUCUUCCCAGUGCUGGGUGGGUAUCGGAUGGUCUGGGUCUAGCCAUCCUUUACAUUCAGUUUGUGAUUGAGAGUUAGGGAGGGUUUUUCUUUUGUUUGUUUCUUUUUUUUUUUUUUUUUUAAGAACACAUUUUUAAAUGAAUUUUUUUGUAGUUACUGUAUAUGUAUCAAGAAAGAUAUAAUUUAGGGUUUGUUUGUGUUGGCUUUUUGUUUUAUUUUGUAUUUUUUUUUUUGAGUGGUUUGUUAAUUUUUCUAACUUUACCAAAGUUUGCAGCUUAUACCUCAAUGGAACUGGGAUGUUUUCAAUCAGAACUGCAGACAGACUGGAGCAGGAGUGUUUUUAAAAGGGCUUUUUUUCCUUGCUAGAUUGUUGACGAGUUAGGGAAGAAGCACCGAGACCUGUGUAGGCUUUUUCUGAAGUUCAAUGUUCUUUGUCCAGACUGUAGAUUCUCAGAAUAAACCUUCUCCACAGAUGGA